GGCAGUUGGAUGGGAAUAAAACUGAAACUGUGACCUCGGAAGAUGAAGAUCUUGUUGCCAUGGGAACUUUUAAUCCUGCUGUCACUCAAGUGCCACCUCGCAGGGGAGGAAGAGAGGAUAAUCCGCCAUGGCCCUGUGUUCACCCAAGAGCCCAGCGACGGCGUUUUCCCACUAAGUGGCGAUGACAGCAAGAUAUUCAUCAACUGUAAAGCCAAGGGGAACCCGAAGCCACAUUAUAGGUGGAAAUUCAAUGGAAGAGAUCUUGAUAUUGACACGGAUUCGAACUACAGCCUGGUCGAAGGCAGCCUUUUGAUCAAUAACCCACAGGCAUUGAAACACGGUGGCACUUACCAGUGCAAUGCCACUAAUGCCUUUGGAACCAUCCUCAGCCGUGAGGCCAAAGUGGAGUUUGCUUAUCUGCAGAAUUUCAGCAGCAAGGCCAGAAGCCCAGUCUCGGUGAGGGAAGGGCAGGCUGUGGUGCUGCUGUGCGGGCCGCCCCCCCAUUCUGGAGAAAUCAGAUAUUCGUGGACCUACAAUGGACGUCCUAGCAUACUUGUCCAGGACAAUCGGCGCUUCGUGUCUCAGAGAACAGGGAACCUAUACAUUGCUAAGGUGGAGGCAUCUGACGUGGGAAACUACACCUGCGUGGUGAAGAACGUGAUGAGCAAUGCCACGGUGUACAGUUCACCAACGCCAGUGGUGCUCCGGCGGGACGCUGUGAUGGGGGAGUAUGAGCCAAAGAUCGAAGUCCAGUUUGAAGAGAUACUCCAUGUCACCAAAGGAUCAUCAGUUAGGCUGGAGUGCUUCGCUUUAGGAAAUCCAGUGCCUACCAUCUCUUGGAGAAGAGCAGAUGGAAGCCCCUUUCCUGGAAAGAUAAAAAUCAAUCACUCCAAUGGAGUCUUGGAGAUCCCUUAUUUCCGGCCAGAGGAUGCCGGCUUUUAUGAAUGUCUGGCAGAGAAUUCCAGAGGACGUAGUGUUGCAAAAGGACACCUCAUAUUUAAAGAUGUGGAGCACCUCCAUUGGGCUCAGACGCUGCGGGAUGCAUAUAUGGCUAUGGAGGCUGAUCUCCACUGGGAGUGCAGGACCAGCAGUAAAUCACAGCCUGUGUACAUAUGGCUUAAGAAUGGGCAGGCCUUGGUCUCAAAGGAUAGAAUCCAUGUUGACGGUAGCAAGUUAACGGUGUCCAGAGUCAACCUGGAGGAUUCCGGAAUGUAUCAGUGUUUGGCCAAAAAUGAGUAUGGAGUCAUUUAUGCCAGUGCCGAGCUCAAAGUCGUUGCCUCUCCCCCAGACUUCUCCAAGGGCCCACUGAAGAAGUCCACGCUGGUGCAGAGAGGUGGUGAGGUGGUGAUCGAGUGCCGGCCGCAUGCCUCACCCCGGGCCACUUUCUCCUGGAGGAAGGGUGGUGAGCUCCUGAAGGAUGGCGAGAGACGGACCAUCUUAGACGACGGCACCCUCCGGAUCACCAAUGUGAGCGAGCAGGAUGCUGGCAGGUAUACAUGCGUGGCCCGCAACCCUUUUGGGACAGCCAGCAGCACGGGAUCCCUGGUGGUCAAAGAGCCAACUAAGAUUACAGUUCCUCCUCUGAGCAUGGAUGCCACAGUGGGAGAAAGUAUCGUCCUGCCAUGUGAGGUGUCCAGAGACUCCACGGUGAAGCCUGCUUUCAAAUGGUUCUUUAACGGGAAGCUCAUUGAUUUUAGCCGACAUGAUCACUUCGAGAUGAUUGGUGGGGGAUCAUCCGGAGACCUCAUGGUUCGCAAUGUUCAGCUGAAGCACUCUGGGAAGUAUGUGUGUAUGGUGCACACGGCAGUGGACAGUGUGUCGGCGGCAGCCGACCUCCUCGUCAGAGGGCCCCCUGGUGCCCCAGAGGGGGUGCUGGUGGGGGAAGUCACGGACAGGACCGCUCAGCUCUCCUGGGGCCCUGGCUCUGACAACCACAGUCCCAUUACCCUCUACAUAGUGCAGGCACGCACUGCCUUCUCCAUCGGCUGGCAGGCCAUCAGAACAGUUCCUGAUUCUGUGCCUGGACAGAUGACAAGCGCCACAGUAGUGGGCCUCAACCCCUGGGUGGAGUACGAGUUUAGAGUGGCAGCUGUCAACGGUGUUGGGGCGGGGCAGCCCAGUUCCGCAUCUGUGCCGAUUCGCACACGGCCAGCAGCUCCCGAGGUCUCUCCGGCCAGUGUGAGAGGAGGGGACGGUGACCGUGGUGAACUGGUCAUCCAGUGGGAGCCUGUACCUGAAGAACUACAGAAUGGGGAUGGGUUCGGAUACGUGGUCGCCUUUCGGCUCCUGGGCUCGGCGUCGUGGACGCAAAGCGCGGUACCCUCCGUGGACACGUCUCGAUAUGUGUUCAAGAACGACAGCAUCCCGGCGCUCUCACGCUUUGAGGUGAAGGUGGGAGUCUACAACACCAUGGGAGAAGGACCCUAUAGCCCCGUGGCAAUAAUCUACUCAGCAGAGGAAGAGCCAUCAGUAGCUCCAUCCAAAGUGUGGGCACGCAGCCUGUCUGCCUCUGAGGUGCAGGUCUUCUGGGACCCCAUCCCCAUAACCCACAGCAAAGCCAGGAUCAGGGGCUAUGAGGUGCUGUGCUGGGAGGAGGGCUCACAAGAAGACGAGCCGAGGAAGGAAAGGGUGGCGGGCAGCCCUGCCCUCAUCACAGGCCUCAAGGGAAGCAUGCUGUACUCUGUCUCGGUCCGGGCCCACAACAGCGGUGGGGUCGGACCUGCCACUGCCCCUGUUGGCAUCACCACCAAGAAGCCACCUCCAAGCCAGCCUCCAGGCAAUAUAGAAUGGAACCUGACAAACUCAAAGAUCUUCUUGAAUUGGGAGCAUGUAAAGGCAAUGGACAAUGAAUCGGAAGUAACAGGCUACAAGGUGGUAUAUCGCCAGAACUGGCGCAGAAGGACCAAUGUGGUUGAGACCAACAGGACAUCAGUGGAGCUACAGGUUCCUUCAGGGGAAGACCUGCUCAUCCAGAUCAAAGCCUCAAGUGACGGGGGAGAUGGAAGCUACAGCAACCCCAUUCACAUACCAAAGAUGUCCAGCCUGAAUUCCAGGGGCUACUUCAGUUCAGAUGCAAGCAAGAUGGCCUGUGCCCAUGAAGUAAUGUUCCUUAUGCUAACAUGGCUUCUCCUGUAGGGCAUCUGCCCUUUAAUUAGCAAACUGUAAAUUAUAAAUAAAUAAAUAAAACUAAUAAAAUAUAUACAUACAAAAUUAUGAGGAUCGAAAACUGAAGUUUAAGAGGUAUAUGCUGGAUAAUGUAACUAAUUUAUUUAUGUGUAGUAAGCUCAAGAAUGUUGACAGACAUGUAUUGCCUUACAUUUCAUGUUUUUUUUUCAUCGAAUGAAGUUGUCAGUGCUUUUUCUAUUUCAAUUUUAUGCAAAAAAGGGCAGGCUUUUUUAUGUUGUUUGGCGUAGGUUUCAAUUUACAGUUUCAAAAGUGUCAAGUUUUGAGAAACUUGAAAAUCCUUUGUACUUUGUGCAAUGCAUUUCCUCCUAAAAGCUGCAUUUAAAAACGAAUGGUGAAUUCUGGGGUAGAAUUCCCUUGGCUCUUCAUUAGAGUUCUGCUGUUUGCCUCAUACCCUCGAUUCUAUUGGUAUAGAUGUGUAUUACUGUCUGAAAGCGUGAGGUUUACACACUGUCAAUCAGCUCAUGUGCUGCUACAUAUGAGCAGAGAAUAACCACUUCACAUUUGUAAUCAGUAAUUUCGCAGGUGAGAAAAGUGUUUGGUUUUUGUAGCAUAAUAUAACCAAGAGUCCUGCUUCCAACACUGGAGACAGCUCACACAGAUAAUGGUCUAAAAUACCUCAUGUGUUUGCAUCCAUGUUUGACAGAAAUCUGUUAUAUCUGCUUGAAGUCUAGGUAGAAUUGUUAUACAUUUAUUUAUUGUUUGGAUUAAAUUGGAGAAGUCCUGUUUAAAGCUAAACAUCUGAAAUAGGAAUUAGUAUGUCACUUUGAUUGAACAUUUGACAAAAUGCAAAAAACAAACACUUUAAAACUUUAAAAUAUCUGCAUUUUUAAGGUAUGUUUUCAACAGUUUAAUACCUGUAGCUUUUACCAGCAAGCCUGAAUAUGAAAUAAUUCAUUAUUUUUGGCUGUUGAAGAAAGAAUUGUGAAACAUAAUAGUCACAGUCACAUUCAGGUUUUAUUUUUCAUUCAAAUACCCUAUAUUUUAUCUGUUGGAAAUUGUUGGCUUUCAGUAGCUUUUUCAUGUUUUUUUAUUUAAUAUGUACCUUGCAUUUUAUAAGUGUUGGAAAUUGUCAUAAUUCAAUUGGUUCUCCUGUUGUCCUUAUUUAUUUCUUACUGCUAUUAUCCUGGUUUGACUAGCAGUUUAAUACUUUUGUAUUAAUAUCUUACCUGUCUCUGUGAGAUGUACACAGGAACUUAAUAAAAUUUCACAUUGAAAUUCUAA